CAUUAGGCCAACCACACUAUUUUACCACAUAAUGAAAGGAAGGGGAAUUCGAGAGCCAGAGUUUUUGUGUCCACUGCUUCGAGUGCGACUGGGUGUCUGUGAUCGACUGCUGAGAGGACGAGAAGCAUAAUAUAGUUCAGGAAUAAUUGACGACUGCAAUGCUGACCCUUGGGUUUGGCGUCUUUUGUCUCCUCGCCCCUGUGAUAGUAGUGAAAGCUGCCUUUCUUGACGAGUGUCCUGAUUUAAGUCCACAGAAGGGAAUCGAUUUAGACCAGCUUCAAGGAACCUGGUACGUGAUUCAGGCCGCAAUCCACCGUUACAACUGCACCUUGGCGGACGGCGGCGAUCUCGGCUGCUCAGUUUUCUUCAUUGAACGAACGGAUGAAAACAAACUCUUUUUAACUUGGAGACAAGAACCACCACACAAGGAAUUACAGUUUGAUGUCACUGUGCAAGAAUCACCUGGAUAUUGGCACGCUGUGAAUCUUGAAAACCAUAAUGGUACAAAACCUGACGUUAUACAAGUGAUGAAGGCAGUUGGUGACCACCUCGUUCUCUCGUUCUGUGACCGGGCCCAAAACCUUUUCACUGCCAUUCUUGGACGCAAAAAUCACAUAAAGAAGAAGCAAAUUCAAGGGAUUAACCUGAUGCUGCAGAGAAGAGGUCUGAACAUCGUUAGCGCCAAAAUCAUGAGUCACUCUUUCUGCCACAGGCAUAAAUUGUGGAGGCAGGGCUCGCAAGGUCACAGGUCAAGUGCCACUUACGGCGCACUUCCCUCCGCGGUGUUCUUCUUGUUUGCGCUUAUCGCCAACCAAGUCACAUAAAAACGAGCGAAUAAAUUCCUCGUGGUUCGGCCGUUUGUGCAGUGAGCGUCGAGUUGUACAAAUAUACAUUGUGUAUAAUAUAUAUUAUAAGCUAUAUAGCUCAAUUUUUCAAGAGCAACCCUAUCUUGUGCCUGUUCUUUAAUUUCAUCAUUGCCUUCUAUUGACUCACUCCAGAACGAAAGACGGAUAAUCGUGCAAAUUGCUCCUUGCGUCACUUCCUCAAUUCUAAGACGACCGUGUUUGGUAUUCUAACCAGACUUAAACCUUUGAACUUUCCGGUUAUUUUUCAAUUUCAUUUCAGUAGUUAUAGUGGCUUGGUAAGUACAUAGAUUUAAAUAGAGUUAUUUUUAAUGAGUUAUAAUAAGAGCCAAACGCAUAAUGCUGACUGAACUAACUAAACUAAAAACUGUUUAAAAAAAUUCCUGAACAUUGUGUCAGACACUAUAAUAACGACGUAGCUUACGCGUUAUCAGCAAGUCUAUGAAACCUUUGUGGCUGUAUAUCAUUGGCAAUUAAAUGAUAAUAAAAAGAAAGACCUUGAA